AUGGACCACUAUACCAACGUCUUGACGUGCACCGAGUGCAUUGAUCUCGCAGCCAAUAUCGCCGAUCUCCAGCACGCUCUCGCCCGCAUCCAGAUUGAAAUGAAACGCCGCGAGAUAAAAGCCACGGCACCAUUUCAAUUUGAAAAGAAAGAUAUGAGGAUCAUGAAACUCGAGUCUUAUGUCCAUCAAGCUCAAGAAGCUGAGCUAAAGGCUGCUGAGGCUGCAUACGAAGAAUGUAAACGGCAUCUCGAUAUUUUGAAAGCUCUGGAUUGUAAGGACCUGGAGGUCAAGAGUGACAUGUGUGCUAAGCUUGAGCAGGACCUCUCUAAAACAUGGCGGCGAGUAGAUGAGGCUAAGAAAAGGCAGCUAGAGUAUCUGGUAAACUUCCGCUAUGCAGAGGACGACUGA